AUGACAACUACAACUGGGACAACUACGCGGUCGCGCUCUGCCAAAGCGGCGGCGGCGCCAAGCACCCCACCACCAGUCAAGAUUGAGCAGAAGAAACUGUCCUUUUUCGGGUACCUGGACAUGAUUCCCGGCUUGGCUGUCAUUGUCGCCACGGCCUUGACGGCCUUUGUCACCGGCCUGUUCAGAACGGAGCGAGACUCCAAGACGUUUCACCUCCACGUCGCCAACACCAUUCUGCGCAAAUCGACGAGUCGUCUCACCCCGCUGCAGCUACAGCUCGUUUCGCCCAACACCGACAUCAUCUACAACACAUAUGCGCGAGCUAGAAAACUCAAGCCGGAAACUGUGGCUCUUGCUCACGGAGCCAAGGGCCACUGGGUCGGCAACAAGAAUGCGACCAAUGUCCUGAUUUGGUACCACGGUAGGUCCCUUAUCGCUUUUGCUGGCAAGACGAGGAUAUAUGAACCGCGCGCUAAUACAAUUCCAGGCGGUGGAUUCUGCCUCCCGGCCAACAUUGGCUACUUCAAGCUGUUUGAGCGCCUGCUGAAAGAGGUCAACGCCACCGGCGGCGACCUCUGCGUAUUCGCCGUCACCUACACGCUGGCGCCGCACGGCACGUAUCCCGUUCAGCUGACGCAGUCGGUCGAAGCCCUGCGCCACGUUCUCGAGCACACGGGCCGCUCGCCGGCCAACGUCCUCCUCGGCGGCGACUCGGCCGGCGGCAACCUGACGGUCGGCGUUCUCUCGCACCUGGCGCACCCGCACCCGAGCAUCGUCCCGCUGCACGUCUCGGAGCCGCUCGCCGGCGCCGCCGCGAUUGCGCCGUGGGUUUCGCUGAAGCCGGACCUGUCGGACCAGGUCAUCUACGACGGUGGCGACAUUGUGACGACGUUUGUGGGCGAGCAGUGGUCGACCACGUUCAUGGGCGGCGCAGAGUCCGACUACUACACGGACGCGUUCGAUGCGCCGUCGAGUUGGUUCGAGACGUUUCCUGUCAAGAAGAUGCUUUUCAUGGGUGGUGAGAACGAGAUCAUGAUGCCUCUGAUUGAACACUUUUAUGGAACCGUCAAAGCUGGCUUUCCCAACGUGGAACUGUUCAAGGGCAAGAGAGAGUCUCACGUCGCUCCGGUUUACAACAUUUACGUCGGCGACAAUACCGAGACUGAGCAGGGCAAGAAGCUCAAGACUUGGGUGAUUGACUUGUUAAAAUAA